CUGGAGGAAGUCACGGAAACUACCAGCCUGAAGAGAGCAAAGAAACAAACCAAAGGUUACAGGAGAGAAAACAAAGGGGGAUUGGGAUCGGAUCGUCCUGCUCAGUGUGAGGUGUUUGUUUGUGCUUCAGUCAGUUUGGGAUUUUAGAGAUUCUUUGGAAACUUUGGUAGAUGUUUCAGAGUUUGUUCUCCCACCUCUUGGCAUUACAAAGGUGUGAGUGAGAGAACUGGGACGGUCAGAGUGAUAGGAGGAACUGCAGGCUUGCUCCAUGUAGAGACUCCACCUCUGUUCAUAUGGUAAAUAGAGGGUCACAUGGGCCAGCAGUCUUGGAGUAGUGGGGGGAAAAGGGAGGGAAAGUAACAAGGAGAGACACACCGCAGGAAUUUGGCCUGCCCCAUGUGCAGGAGGCGGCACUCUCACCCUGACUGAUUCAGGACGCUGAAUCACACAACAAAGAAGAGAGGCAUAAAGACAGAAGCAGUAGGUGACAUGUUGUGGCCAAAAAGGAAUCUUUAGCUUCUCUCACUGCAGCCUUUUACACUUCAGCUUGACCUCCUUUGGAUUUCUCUUCCCUGUUGUGGGGUGAAAGUUCAACAACCAGCCACAUCCUGUAUGUCGUCACUGGAUAGUUCUUCAUACUUUUAACACACAACUGAAGAGUCAAGAUGCCCACAAACUUCACUGUGGUGCCGGUGGACAAUGCAGGGGAAGCGGGGAACAGUGCAGCCGCGGCCGAAGAAGGCAAACCUGCCAGUUUGGGAAACAUCUUUCAGGAGGAAGCAGAAGAAGAAAACGUUCAAGGACUCAACUCAGGAGACGAGGGUCAGGGAGAGUCCAGUCCAUUCAUCAACUCAGACAGUGACGGAGAUUAUUAUUAUGAAGGCAAGAACAUGGCCCUGUUUGAGGAGGAAAUGGACAGCACCCCUAUGGUUUCAUCUCUCCUCAACAAGCUGGCUAACUACACCAACUUGACGCAGGGCGUCCGUGAGCACGAGGAGGCUGAGUAUGAGGACGGGAUCCAGAGGGUCGCUGUCAGGGUCCCUCAGAUGGGCACCUUCAUUGGAGUCUACCUGCCCUGCAUGCAGAACAUCCUGGGUGUGAUUCUCUUCCUGCGUCUCACCUGGAUCGUCGGCACGGCAGGGAUCCUCGGGUCUUUCGCCAUCGUGUCCAUGUGCUGCAUCUGCACUUUGCUCACGGCCAUAUCAAUGAGCGCUAUCGCUACUAACGGAGUUGUCCCAGCUGGUGGCUCGUACUACAUGAUCUCCAGAUCUCUGGGUCCAGAGUUUGGAGGGGCGGUGGGUCUCUGCUUCUACCUGGGGACCACCUUCGCUGGAUCCCUGUACAUCCUGGGCACCAUGGAGAUCCUGCUGUUGUACAUCGUUCCCACAGCAACGGUGUUCAAGGAAGGCGAAGACGAGGCGAGGCUCAAUAACAUGCGAGUGUAUGGGACAUGCUGCCUGCUCCUGAUGGCUCUGGUGGUGUUUGUCGGUGUAAAGUAUGUGAACAAACUGUCUCUGGUGUUUCUGUCCUGUGUGUUUCUGUCCAUCAUGGCAACGUACGCAGGGGUCAUCAAGACGGUCAUCGAACCCCCGGAGUUUAAUGUAUGUCUGUUAGGAAACAGAUCUCUGAGGAAUGACAAGUUCGGGAUAUGUGCAAAGACAGAGGUCGUGAAGAACAACACUCUGACCACCGAGCUGUGGAGCAUCUUCUGUGACAGUAAAUAUCCAAACGCAACCUGUGACCCGUUCUUCACCAACAACAACCUGACAGAGAUCAGGGCCAUACCUGGGCUCCUGAGCGGAGUCAUCAAAGAUAACCUGUGGGGCGAGUAUGCUCCGGCUAGGGAGCCAAUAGAGAAGAAGAGCCUGGUUUCAGAACAGGACCCGGACACGCCCACAGACACAUACAAACCCUACGUCUUCAAUGACAUCGCCACCUACUUCACCCUGCUGGUGGGAAUAUAUUUCCCCUCUGUCACAGGUAUAAUGGCCGGUUCUAACAGGUCUGGUGACCUUAGAGAUGCUCAGAGGUCCAUUCCCAUAGGAACCAUCAUGGCCAUUGUCACCACCUCGAUCAUCUACAUGUCUUGUGUGGUUUUGUUUGGAGCCUGUAUUGAAGGAGUUGUGCUGAGAGACAAGUUUGGUUACUCAGUGAAGAAGACCCCCGUCAUCGGUGUUCUCGCCUGGCCGUCACCCUGGGUGAUUGUGAUCGGCUCGUUUUUCUCCUGCUGUGGGGCGGGGCUUCAGAGCCUCACCGGCGCUGCCCGGCUGUUGCAGGCAAUCGCUCGCGACGGCAUCAUCCCGUUCUUACAGGUCUUCGGUCAUGGGAAGGCUAACGGUGAGCCGACCUGGGCUCUGCUGCUGACUGUAGGUAUCUGUGAGAUAGGAAUCCUCAUCGCUUCUCUGGAUGCUGUGGCCCCCAUCCUCUCCAUGUUCUUCCUCAUGUGCUACCUGUUUGUGAACCUGGCCUGUGCUGUUCAGACUCUGCUCCGAACCCCCAACUGGAGACCUCGUUUCAAAUUCUAUCACUGGACUUUAUCCUUCUUGGGGAUGAGUCUGUGUCUCUCUCUUAUGUUCAUCUCCUCCUGGUACUACGCCCUGGUUCCCAUGGUGAUAGCUGGAUGUAUCUACAAGUACAUUGAGUACAGAGGGGCCGUGAAGGAAUGGGGAGAUGGGAUCAGAGGAUUGUCCUUAAAUGCUGCACGCUACGCUCUCAUCAGGCUCGAGGAAGUACCGCUACACACCAAGAACUGGAGGCCUCAGCUUCUGGUGUUUUGUAAGCUGAACUCAGACCUGGAGGUCAAACACCCUCGUCUCCUCUCCUUCACCACGCAGCUCAAAGCAGGAAAUGGACUGACGAUAAUCUGUUCAGUGUUAGAGGGGACCUACAUGACCCGAGAGAAAGAUGCAAAGACUGGAGAGCAGAGCUUGAAAGCUGCCAUGGUAGCAGAGCGAACAAAGGGUUUCUCCCAUAUAGUGGUGUCGUCCGACCUGCGAGAUGGUUUCUCCCUGCUCAUCCAGUCAGCCGGCCUGGGAGGAAUGAAGCACAACACCGUCCUGAUGGCCUGGCCAGCAGGUUGGAAACAAGCCGGGGACAGCUCUGCAAGGAGGAACUUCAUAGAGACGGUAAGAGAGACGACUGCGGCUCAUCAGGCUCUGCUGGUCGCGAAGAACAUCGACCAUUUCCCCAGCAACCAGGAGCGUCAGAAGGAGGGAACCAUCGACGUGUGGUGGAUCGUACACGAUGGUGGACUGCUCAUGCUGCUGCCAUUUCUGCUCAGUCAGCACAAGGUGUGGAGGAAGUGUAAAAUGAGAAUCUUCACGGUGGCCCAGAUGGACGACAACUCCAUCCAGAUGAAGAAAGACCUCCAGAUGUUUCUCUACCAUCUACGCCUGGACGCACAGGUGGAGGUCGUGGAGAUGCACGACAGCGACAUCUCAGCCUUCACAUAUGAGAAGACGUUAAUGAUGGAGCAGAGGUCGCAGAUGCUCAAACAGAUGCAGCUGUCCCGCACGGAGAGGGAGAGAGAGGCCCAGCUGAUCCACGACAGAAACACGGCGUCUCAUUCUACAAACGAAAAGGCUGCAGGUGCCCCGCCUGACAAAGUGCACAUGACGUGGACCAAAGAAAAACUGAUUCACGAGAAGAACAAACACAGAGAAGGCAUGGGGGUUAAAGACAUGUUCAAUAUGAAACCUGAGUGGGAGAACCUUAACCAGUCCAACGUACGGAGGAUGCACACGGCCGUCAAGCUGAACGAAGUGGUGGUCAAGAAUUCACAGAAUUCACAGCUGGUCCUGCUCAACAUGCCAGGCCCUCCGAGCAACAAGAAAGGACAUGAGAACUACAUGGAGUUCCUGGAGGUCUUGAUGGAAGGCCUGGACCGUGUCCUGUUGGUCCGUGGAGGAGGACGGGAGGUCAUCACCAUCUACUCCUAGCACCGUUGGGUCCUAAAGUAUUUUUCAAGAACACUGGAAGGGAACAUUGUUGUCCUGAAGGACCUCAGGGAAAGAGGGGGGAGGGGGGUGGCUUUUGGGGACUUGGAUAAAGAUGACAGACAGAGCAAGUACUCCAAACCCCCUCUUACACUCUCAGGAGCAAAAAAAGCAACUUCCAUUUUUGAGGAUGAUGCUCACAAAGGAGUUAUAGGAAGGACAAAGGAGUUACCUGCAGCAGAGCCUGGUGCAUGUUGUGGUGGCGCGGAGGUCUUCUCUACAGCCGUCCUGCAGGGUCCCCUCCACCACACUUUAUGAACUGUGUAGCACUAAAACAUAAACUGUGUUUUUAAAUAGAGAUGUCUUUUUAAUUCUGCUUACUGUACGGCUUCACAAGCUCCACUGAGAAACGCUAAUCAUUGCUGACAGUGCCAUUUUAUAUUUCAAUGCCAUCGAUGAAUGAGACGCACAGACGCUGGAGUCCUGGGAUGAAUUAAGCAGACGAUCAUUCUUGAGUCAUAGCAGCCAAAGUCUCUGUUCAGAAUCAGGGCACGCUGUCAAACAUUGUGAACUACAGAUAGUCUUUGACAUAUUUAUAUCAAUUGUUUCUGAUUUAUGAGAUAAUGUUAGUAUGAUCACAAUGAAGAGAUAGUGGAAGAUUUUUGAUACAACCUAAAUGAUUUCAGCGUUAUAGUAAAUGUAUGUUUUGUCUCUGAUUUAUUUCCAUUUGAAUUUGUGUGAUUGAGCGAUAAGUUUGGUGCAUGUGUGAUCUCCGUUCUUAACCUGCUGCUGUUUAAUAAUGAGGAGAACUGAGCAACUUUGAAAUAUAUUCAUAUUUUCAUAUUUUUUUAAAGGUUUAUUUUUGUGAUUGUUUAUGCCUUUAUUGUAGAGAUAGGACAGUGGAUAGAGUCAGAAAUCAGGGAGAUAGAGAAUGUGUAAUGACAUGGGGGAAAGGAGCCACAGGUCGGAUUCAAAGCCGGGCCACCUGCCUGGGAGGACUACAGCCUCGACACAUGGACCAGCACACCAACCACCAGACCACAAGCACCCUUUAAUAUUGUCCAGCGUACAUAGUUAUGUUCACAGUGUUGUGUGUACGUUUAAGAAAAAUAAGAGACACACAUAUUAAAGAAAGACAAACACAA